AUGAAGGAGCUUUAAAAAAACUCAAUCUUAAAACAAUGGCCACACUAUUAAAAAAUAUUGAAAUCUUCAAAAUAUUCUUAAUGGAAAUAGAAUGAUUUAAUUUGUAAAAGGAGCAUGUUUUAUCAUACCGCUAUUACUCUUAGUGUUUUUUAUGUGAUAAUUAGCCUAAUUGUAGAAAUUAUCAAAAUUGAAAAUAUGAGGAAUAUUGUACAAUUAACACUUUUUAUUGUCUUAGAGAUCAUAAUUAUAUGCAUCUACUCUUUUUGUAAGAAAAUAUAGAUUUACUUCCUUAUAUAAUAUUGCCUAAUUACGGUUUAUAUCUUGGUAACAGUAUAAAAUGAAGAAAAAAAUAAGAUUUUCAUAUUCCUUUAUUUGAUACUUGUUAAUAGUCAUUCUAACUUAAUAAUAAAGAUUUUGCUCUAUUUAUAUUUUAUCUUUACAAUCAUAUUUUAUUACAGGUUAGAAACUCUUGAAGUUUGUAUCAUAUGUUUAAUAGCAUUUAUUCAUAAUUCUUAAUUAGAAUCACACUUUAUAGGCAAUUAUAUAAAAUAGUUAAAGCUAUUAUCUAUAAUUGAAUAAAUGCCUAGUGCAGUUUGCAUCUUAGAUUAAAACACUAAAUAGAUAACAUAUUCGAAUUAAUUAUUUGAGAAAUUAGCUUAGACUUUAUAAGUGAAUGAUGAAUUGGCCUAAUCCAUAAAUAAUUAGAGCAAAGAAUAAUAGCAAAUUGAUUUUAUAAGAAAUCUAAAUUUAGAAGAAAUUAAAAAUGAUGGAUUUUAAAUUUCUGAUUUCAUACCCUAAAUAAAUGAUGAGGGAAUAACAGAUGAUUAAUAUAAGAUUAUUAAUGUAGAUUUUAAAAGAUAACCAUCAUAAAAUACUUUAUAAAAUGUAAGUUUUAUGUGUCCAAAUUCAGCCUCAUUAAAAAAGAAAUCUAAAGACAUCUUCAGUGAUAUCAAUACAAAUGAUUAUUUACUCAAUUCUUCUAGAAAAAGUUAUGUUACAACAAUACAUUUAUAAAUACAAAUAAGUCAUUAACCUAAAUCUUUUAUUUUAUCAGCAAAAACAAAAAGAAGAAAGAAAUCAUCAAAUAAUAUGAAUCUUAGUAAAUAGAGUUCUAGAAAUUUAGGUUAAUUUUCAAAAGCAUAAGAAAUGUAGAAUUCAAUAUAUUGUGACAAUUUGAAAUUAUCUCCAAAUCAUACAGAAACUCUUAAUCAUAAUUUAGUUGAACAUAGUGAAUAAUUUAAAUGUGUUAAUGAUGGAUUUGGAUAAUAAUCAAGUACUAAUCAUAAAGUUAGAUUGAUGGUCAAUUUGAUACAAAUUAGUGAUGUUUUAAAUGAAGAAUAAGAUUACUAAAUUUAUUGUAUUAAUGAAUUAAGUCCUUUACUUUUGUAAUAUACAGUAAAGAAAUUAGAAUAAGUCAAGAAAACUAUAAUGAGAUCAUUAUCUCAUGAAUUAAGAACUAGUUUGAAUGCUGUAAAUGGUUAUAUAAGUGAAGCUUAUGAAAGAAUAGAUAAUAUUCAAUAACUUAAUAAGAAUUUAGAAUUAUCAUUAAAAUACAUUAAUUUAAUGUAAUUAAAAUUAUAAGAUUUUUUUGAUUAUAGGGAUAUUUUAGAAGAUUAAUUUGAAUUAAAUAUUGAGAAGUUUGAUUUAAAUUAAGCUAUAAAUAUUUGUGUUGAUUUAUUAAAAGGUUAAUGUUAAGAAAAGAAAUUAAAUUUAAAUGUAGAAAUGCCAUCUGAAACUAUUAUAGCUAUAGGAGAUAAAAAUAGAUUUUAGUAAGUAUUGAUAAAUUUAUUAACAAAUGGAAUUAAGUUUACAUAGUAAGGAGGAAUAACAAUUUAAGUAAGUAGGGAUUUUUAGUUGGAUUCAAUUUCUGGAUUAGAGGAGGUUAAGGAAAUUAAAUUACAAUAAUUAGUGUAAAUUAGAAUUAUUGAUAGUGGAAUUGGUAUGAAAGAAGAAUUGAAGGGUAUACUCAAUAAAAAAGUAAGUCAAUUUUAUUAUUAUUAUUUAGUUUCUUUAUGUAGAUGAUGAUCCAAAAAUAUCUAAAGAUUCAGUUGGAAUUGGAUUAGGUUUGAGUGUUUGUUAAUAUAUUAUUAAAGCUAUGGGUCCUUAAGGAUUGAAUAGUUUAUUUUUAGAAUCAAUAAUAGGAGGAGGAUCAUAGUUUUACUUUUUUUUAAAUUAUGAUUCUAUAAAGAAGUAUCACAAUGAUGAAUUAGUUCCUGAACCAGAAAAUAAGGAAUAAACUAUAGUAAGAUUAAGUCCAACUAAGAGAAGUUUACUUAAAUCAAUGGUAUUAAUUUGUUAUUUGUUAUUUAUUAGGUAAUAUAACCAAAUAGUGUUUGUAAUUCUAAUGAUAUUUUAAUAGUUGAUGAUGAACUUUUUAAUUUACAAAUUUUGGCAAAUAUAAUUCGUAAUUUGAAUUCUCAUAAUCAGAAGUAUGAAAUUACAAUGGCUUUUAAUGGAUAUCAAGCUUUGGAGAAGAUUAAAUAAAAAAGAAUAUAAAAUUGUUGUUGUCUAGGAUUCAAAGCAAUAUUAAUGGAUAUUAAUAUGCCAAUUAUGAAUGGUUGGGAUUGUGUCAAAUAAAUAAGAAUAUUCGAAGAUUAAUAUAAAGUUAAGAGGAAAAUUCCAAUUAUAGCUAUAACUGGUUAUGGUGGAAAAAAAGAUUUAGAAAAAUGUAUCAAAUAUGGAUUUAAUUAUGUAUCUACAAAACCUACUGAUAAAUAAAAAAUAUUGAAGAUAUUUUAAGAGUUUAAUAUAUGA